AUGUCCGGGUUUCAGGAUCUUGAUGAUUUAUUUAAUCGGCGGCUGCUGGCUGCGGUAAUGACGGACCUGGUCGAAAAUAGAACAGAGUCUGGAUACGAAGAGGAGCUCCGCCGCCAGAAAAAACUGCUGGCUGUGAUUUUAACACCCGAAAUCAAGCUGCACAGAGCAGGUCAGUUUUCCUUAUACUUCUGGAUACAUGUUUCAAUGCCUUUACUGAAGCAAGCGCCACACACAGGCUGAAAUAAACCAUAUUAACAGUACUGUACUUAACUUAACAGUGAAGUACUGUAUAACCGCAACAACAAAGACAACAGCUAUCCUAUCCUGUUGGUUCACUGCUGGACGGUUUCGCACUUCAGCCCCUGCUCAAACUGUGGGUCACACUUCAACUCUUUUGUUUGUGAAGUUUUAACUAAUGUGUGUUCGAUUAUAACUCCAGAGUAGCCAUCUUUAGUUGUCAGGCUAGAGCGAAAUUUUGAUGACAUGCACUCCAUUACAGUAUUUGAACUUAUUUGGAUCACACUGUUGAAUUUGUGGCAUAAAUAUGAAGUUAUCAGUAAACACAAAAAAGAGAGGACAUUUGCAGGACUGAUAUAUUUUGACCAGCAUCAAAUGAUAUAUCAUAAUAAUUGUGUAGAUAAAGACAGAAACUACUUCACAAAAGGCAAAGUGCUAGAAUGCAGGGACUCAGCCAUAUGUUGUAAACAAUGGGGGCUCGGCCCAAACCCAAGGUGGUCUGGAGGUCUGCUCCCCCAGGAAACUGUUUCUUAUUAUCUGGUACUUAUACAUGGUGAUUAAAAAAAAAAUUAUAUAUUGUGAUUUUAGAAUAAUAUUGUUUUAGAAACAUAAAAAUGUCAGAAAUGGUGUUCAUCCCAUGCAAAAAAGGUGAGCUGCCACCUAAUGAAACUCAUCUUAUAAAACUUUAAAUCGUUUUGUGUUUUUCUUCAACUGUCUAUCUCAUUCUGAAACCAAGAGUUCCAAUAUUUUUCUCAGUCAUUUCCUCUUGUGAAAAAGUAAUGUCACAAAACUGUGGAGGAGUUUUUCCUGUGAACCGGUGAAAAUCACUGAAAUUUUCUUUUUUUUUUUUUGUAACACCAGAGGGGGUAACAUUAGUUCAUACUCCCCACACUAACUCUUAUCUUUCUUUAGACUAUCAUUUAGUUUUUAAAUCUGCUUUUAUAUCUACUGAUGUUUUCAUUACCUUCUGUUUAGUUAUUGUUUUUCUGUGCCUUGCAGAUAUCCAGCAGCUGUUGGUGGAAAAAGAAGAGUUUCCCUCUGAGCAGCAGCAGAGGAGUCCCAGUCUGGACCAGGGAUACACUGAGACACUAAACAUUUGCAAGGAACAGAAUUAUGGAGGACAAGAACCAGCCAGUAACUCAGAUUCAGAGAUAAAUAUACAACAAAAGACUCAAGACUCCCCUGAACCUGAGACUGAGGGCAGUGAUGACAGUUGGAAGGAUACAAGACCACAAAAGUCAAGUCUAAUGUCUGUGAAGAAAGUAAGAAAGAAGAUGCUAAAGAGGCUUGAGAAAACAAACGUUUGCUCAAAGUGUUGUCGAAUAUUCAGAACACGACAAGAACUAGCAAAACACCUGAAAGUUCACUCAGAGGAGAGACCCUUCAGCUGCCCAGAGUGUGGCAAAACAUUCAAAACUAAACAUAAACUGGCAAGCCACAAGGCAGUUCACCCAGAGGAGAGACCCUUCAGCUGCAGACAAUGUGGCAAAACAUUUAAGACUAAAAAGGAAGUGGCAAGACACAUGCUAUGUCACUCAGAGGAGAGACCCUUCAGCUGCCUACAGUGUGGUAAAUUGUUUAAAACAAAAGAGCUGAGGACCAGUCACAUGAGAGUUCAUUCAGAGAAGAGACCUUUCAGCUGCACGCAGUGUGGCAAAUCAUUCAAAACAAAACAUGAAGUGACAAUCCACAUGAGAGUUCAUUCAGAGGAGAGACCCUUCAGCUGCAAGCAGUGUGGCAAAUCGUUCAAAACAAAACAUGAAGUGACAAUCCACAUGGCAGUUCAUUCAGAUGAAAGACCCUUCAGCUGCCCAGAAUGUGGCAAAACAUUUAAAACUAAAAACAAUCUAGUGCACCACAAGGCAGUUCACUCAGAGGAGAGACCCUUCAGCUGCACACAGUGUGGAAAAUCAUUCAAAACUAAAGGAGACCUGGCAAUCCACAUGAAUGUUCACUCAGGGGAGAGACCCUUCGGCUGCUCAGAGUGUGGCAAAACAUUCAAAACUAAAAAUGAACUGGCACAACACAAGCCAGUUCACUCAGACGAAAAAGCCUUCGGCUGCUCAGAGUGUAGCAAAACAUUCAAAACUAAACGAGAACUGGCAAUUCACAUGAGAGUUCACUCAGAGGAGAGACCCUUCAGCUGCCUAGAGUGUGGCAAAACAUUCAAAACUAAAAAUGAACUCGGACAACACAUGGUAGUUCACUCAGAUGAAAAACCCUUCAGGUGCACGCAGUGUAGCAAAACAUCCAAAACUAAAGGCAACCUGUUAAUCCACAUGAGAGUUCACACACAGGAGAGGCCCUUUAUCUGCUCGCAGUGUGGCAAAACAUUCAAAACUAACGGGAAACUGGCAAUCCACAGAAGAGUUCACACAGAGGAGAGACCCUUCAGCUGCUCAGAGUGUGGCAAAAAAUUUAAAACUAAAAAUGAACUGGGACAACACAUGAUAUGUCACUUAAAGGAGAGACCCUUCAGCUGCACUGAAUGUGGCAAAACAUUUAAAACUGAACAAACACUGCAUAAGCACAUGAGAGUUCACACUGGAGAAAGACCCUAUAGCUGCCCUGGAUGUGAUAAACUGUAUAAAACUAAAAAAGCGCUGAAUACACACAUUAAAUCUCAAAGGGUGAAGAAGUCCACUGGCUGCUCUGUUUGA